UUUUACAUCUCUGAAAAUUUGUUUUACGUUCAUGCUCUGUUUUAAAUCAGAAGUAGUCAUGGUGACAUCAAAGUGACAAAAAACAUCAGUAUUAUUAUUAUUAUUUUUUUUUUGGUGAACUUGGUCUGUGACUUAACCUGCAUAACUUUUGUUUUAGGACAAAUAGCUCUGUGUUCUUAUGGGUUAAGGUUUGUUUUCCUAAGAGUUUUUAUUUGCACUCCCACUUCUACGUUAUUGAGGAGAAAGAGGAAAUGAGCAGCUGCUGUGGUUUUCAAAUUAAACGGAACAAUCGUCCUCUGUGCUGAAGCAGCUAAGGUCAGUUUCUAUUCAAAACCUCUAUGGAAAGAGGACGAUGACAUACGAGGAUGCAGUGAUGCUGUGAUCAGUCCACAUCAACAUAGAGCAGAAGGUUGAAGAUCAAACUGAAGCUAAGGAGAAGAAACCCUGCAGAUACUGUAAGUCUCUUCAGACUAAUGAUUUUCAAAUGAUUGCAUAAAGGAAAAAACAAAUACUAAGGAAGUCUGUUAACAAACCAGCAUGUUGGACUGUUUAGCAGUUAUUAUUAAUAUCAGAUAAAAAGUCUGACAAUUUAAAGCAUCUUAUUUUUCCUCAUGAAUAUGGACAGUUGAAAAAAAUGUUAACUCUUUUACAUGUUUGUUCAUGAAUUUCUAUUUUCACAUGAUUUUAAAAAUGUUUUUCUGUUUUUAGUUCGACACUUUUUUUUGUUAUUGUUGUAACUAAGUAGAGUUGAAAAACAGAAUCCAAAAAUUAUUUACAUUUUUAGUUGGAUCUAGGGCUUAAGUCUUUGUUAUCAAAAAUGUCAUUGACACCUACUGGCAGAAAAGAUGGAACAUAUUUCUGUUAGAUUGUGAUGGGUUUUAUAUUAGAGAAUGUCUAGAUUAAAUCUUUUCUCUGUAACGUAAUACAAUUUGCUUUUCACUUUUACUGUAAAAUAACUUUAAAGAGACAUAUUGACCCUGAUCCCUAUUAAAGAAAAUGCUCAAUAUUACUUUCAUUUGAAAAUGUAUUAAAUAUAUAUUUUUGUUUUGUUUUUCAUAUAGGUUUAUCAUAGGUCAUUUCUGUUUAUCAAGGUCAUGGUAAAAAAUUCUUCAUAAAACAUCAUUUUAAUAUUUAGCAGAACAUGUUUUAAAUAUGCAAAUAUAACAUACAAACUAUGGAGCCAUUUUUAAACUUCAAACAAAUGUUGGAACUGUUACUUUAAAAUAAAGCUGUAGCUGUUAAGAUAGAGGGUAAAAAAAGAAAACAAGGUGUGAAUAUUUUGCUUUGUUCAGAAAAUGUGUGCUCCAGAAUCUAUAACAGAAAAGUUCAUUUAAAUAAAAGCUGUUGUCUUCCUGCAGUUGAAAGAAUUUCAGAGAAAUGAUGAAGCUGAGUUUGUUUCUGAUGGUUCUUCUUGGUCAUUUUUGUCUCUUCACAUGUCAGCUCCAUGAGUAUCACUAUGUUGAUCAGAACAUGACUUGGGCUGAAGCUCAGCAGCACUGCAGGAACGAAUACACUGAUCUGGCUACAGUGAGCAGCAUGGCUGACAUGGAGCGACUCCGAAACAUCAAUUCUGAGAAGAUAGAAAUCUGGAUUGGUUUGUUCAACCAAACAGGCACCAACGCUACUUCACACUGGUCUCUGCCUGGAUUGCAGUUUAAUGAAAGUCAGGCAAAGUGGAACACUAAUGAACCAAGUGGUGGAGUAGCUGAGACCUGUGGGGCUAUUAAACAUAUUACUGAUGAAAAGUGGUUGGACAUGCCAUGUAUGGAUAAAGCACAUUUCCUCUGCUAUAAUGGAAGCUCUUCUCUUAAGUAUUAUUUAGGAGAUAAAAUGACCUGGUUUGAUGCUCAGAGAUACUGCAGAAAGAAUCACACAGACCUGAUCAGUGGACCACAGCUGGAGGAGCUGCAGAAGCAUAAUGAUGUCACAGCAAACAUAAUACAAUUAUAUGAUAGAACAUCUGUUGUAAACUUGACCUCACUAUCAAGUUACAACCUAAUUUUCAUCGGACUGUUCAGAGACGCUUGGACCUGGUCAGAUGGCAGCAGUUUCUCUUUCAGGCACUGGAAUGUGCUGUAUGACAGUACAAGUAAAAAAAACAACUGCACCAUGGUGAACGAGGAUGGCAUGUGGGAAACCAGAGAAUGUAACAGCAAAAGAUCCUUCUUCUGUUACACAGAUCAUGUGAUCCUGAUCAAUAAGAACAGGACCUGGGAGGAGGCCUUAUACUACUGCAGACAUUAUUAUAAUGACCUGGUCACCAUCACUAACCUGGAUGAACAGAGAUGGGUUCAGGAGAAAACCAAGAAUGCUACAACUCCUUAUGUGUGGACGGGACUGCGCUACACCUGCACUCUGGGGUUCUGGUUCUGGGUCAGUGACGAGGUGGUCCGCUACAAGAACUGGGCCUCACCUGAACAGGUGAAUAAGUGUGACAUGUCAGGAGCCAUGGAGACAGGAGGAGAACACAAGUGGUUCAAAAUAAAUGCUGAGGACAAGUUCAACUUCAUAUGUUCAAAGUGAAAAUCUGAUCACAGAUUAGGAUUUUAUUUAUGUAUUUAUUUACCGAGAUUCUUGUAUUCAAAUAAAGUUUAAAGCAUUUCCCUGAAACUUUUAGCAAGUUGAGGAAAGUGCUUUAUGGAAAAUUGAUCUAUUCCCUCAACUUAUUGCAAUAUUACUUGGUGACACACCUUUGCUAGUUGCUUACACAAAAUAAUUUUAUUACCAAAAACCCAACCUUGUCCACAUCCAAUGCACCAUUAUUCAGUAAGUUUAAGUCAAUUAACAUUCACAAUAUCAAUAGUCUGUUAACUUGUACAUUUGUAUUUAGUGCACUUUAAAAUACCAAUUGGCCUCCACAAAUAAAGAUACUUUGUUCAUAAUCCCUAAAUUCACUUGCAUUCAACAAAACAUACUUCCAAAACACACUAAACUACACUGAAAGAGGUCAAGACCUGUUUGUAAGAUACCAUUGAACCUAAGUCAUUGAAUACUCACGCAACCAAACUCUUUGACUAUUGACUAAACCAACCUUAGAAAUACUCUAAGCAAAAUAUUUGUUGUGAUUUAAUUGCAAACCAACUAAAUGUAGAAUGUGAAUCAUAAAAAAAUUAUAGGUUAAUAUUUUUUAUCUUUUCUUUUUUUCUUUGAAAUCUGUCUUUUUUUUAACUGGGGUUGGUGGUGCCCUUCCAGUUUCUUCCAACUCCCUACACAUUUAACUGCUGUUUAUAAUGUAAUCACUGUACUUUAUUUUUGUUUUUAUGCAAUGAUUUUAUGUAUGUGCUAAAAAAAUAAAACAAAUAACACAUACUAUGGUCAAUG